ACGAGGCCGAUAUUUGUUGAGACACCACGAUGGCCUGCUUCAAGCAAUGCACCACAUCGCUUUUACCACGAAAGAAGCGGCGAGUUUGGGUGUACAGGUCAAUGACCUUCUGCUGAAAGAUCGUCAAAUACCUGUACUAGGUUUAGACGCAACAAGAACAAGGAAAGUUGUAAAUUCUAACGACGUCAACACUGUCGUUGUAGGAGCAGCACCCGUUCUUGGAGGAGGUGCACAGCAUAGUAGAAUUAGGAGCGACGAUCAAAACACAAACACUUCUGCCGAUCUAACGAACACAGCUGCAUUCUUCUGCCUUGCGUUAUUGCCAUCGCUGCUCUUGUGUUACGCCUUGCUACUGUACCCUGUCUCGCGCGCUUUGGAAUUGCGGCUGCUGUUUUUGUGCUCUACAGGUACUGGAGCUACUGUAGGUGAAGAUGAGCAGAACAAGGGAAAAGAGCAAGGGUCAGGUGAGUACUCGAGGCACGACCAAGGACGACGACUCGGAAACAACGCGCCGAAUGUGACGAUCUCGAACUACUCCGU